GAUACACUUAGGAAAAGUAUGAUUAAGUAUUCUUGAGUAGCAGACUCGAAUCUCUGUUAAAAUGUGGGCUACAAGUGUACUUGCAGUAUAAAAACUAUUAAACUAGUAGUUAACGGAGAGUAUACUUUAAAGUACACUUUCUAGAGUGUUUAGAGCAUACUACAAGUGAUUUUUUUAUGUACCUUUUGCCCAAAUCUAAGAUCAUUUGAAGUAUUUUAAAGCUAGAGCUGCAGCCUGCUUAACCCCGGAAAUAAUGUGCACAGGAAGAGGAAGUUCUCAACUGCAUCAUUCUGUAUUUAGCUUUGAUUCAGUCUGACGCUCAGACAGUCAGCAGCAAGACAUCAUGGAGGUUACAGCUCUCUGCUUCAGACUGAUGAUGAAUGUGUUGAUGCUGCUGGUUGCACAUGUUCAGCAAAAUUAUUCUAAGCCACCUGAUGCAGCUUUUCGUAUCGUUCCAACCCGACUGCAGCUCUUUGAAUACGGGUCUGUCUAUUUUACCUGUGAGGGGGUCAAUGUCUCAGCUGGAUGGAAAGUGAGGAACAUCAACCGAUCCUUUCCAAAAUGUUCAAAUAGCACAGUGGCAUCAACUGUGAUCUGCACCAUUGACUUUGCCUUUACAUCAGACAGUGGAGAAUACUGGUGUGAAGGUGGAAGAGGAGAGAGAAGCAACACUGUCAACAUCACUGUCACUGCUGGUUCAGUGAUCCUGGAGAGUCCAGUCCUUCCUGUGAUGGAGGGAGACGAUGUGACUCUGAGCUGCAGAAACAAGAAGACUUCCUCCAACCUCACAGCUGUUUUCUAUAAAGAUGGCCGCCUCAUCAGGAGCAGCUCUACAGAAAACAUGACCAUCCACAGUGUUUCCUGGUCUGAUGAAGGACUCUACAAGUGCAACAUCUCUGGAGCCGGAGAAUCACCACAGAGCUGGCUGGCUGUCAGAGCAUCUGACAAAGACAUUCAUAUGCUUUGGACCGUUGUCAAGGUCGUACUGUUCCUGCUGCUGGUGAUGGGACUACUUUACUGGAAGAAACAGCUAGAUCGAUGAGGAAGAAACACCUAACUGAAGGAGAUGGAGGACUGAUUACAUCAUGCUACAUGUGCACCUUUACCAAAGAGAAGUUUA